AUGCCUCGUAUCAUGGCUCCACCGCCGUCUGGCGAGUUCCAAAUCCGCGUGGCCAAGCCAUUUUCCGGCAAUCCAACCCACACCAUCGAAGUCAUUGGCGAGCCCAACCGACCAGCAGUUGUCCGAGUCACCAACCACAAAGGCGACUCAACUGACGAGAAGACCGGCGAUGUGCCCAAAGACGACGUCAACGAGCUCACGCAACUGGUCAACACUGUUCGCGGCUUCCCUUCGCACCCUUCCAAGGACGUCUACGGCUUGGACACCAAACUCGAGCUGAACACCUUUGAGAUUCAAUGGGCGAGCGAUGACGACGACAACGCGACGGAUGAAGUUGGUGGUGAGACGAAGGAUGACUUCAAGAGGGUGGUCGACAGCAUUGAGGCUCUGGCGAGGCAAUUUGCCAAGAACGAUUCGGCAAUUUGA